CCGCCCCUCGGCGGCUCCAGGUGCGGCGGUGGGACCGGGGCCGCGGCCGGGCCGGGGCCGGGGCGCCAUGGCCGAGUCCCAGCUGAGCUGCCUGGACGAGGCGCACGUGAACGAGAGGGUGACCGAGGCGCAGGCCGCCUUCUACUACUGCGAGCGGCGGCGGGCCGCGCUGGAGGCGCUGCUGGGCGGCGGCGAGCAGGCCUACCGCGAGCGGGUCAAGAAGGAGCGGCUGCGGGACUUCCUCUCCAGCCAGGAGCGCCAGGCCCUCCGCGCCGCCUGGAUUCCCUACGAGGACGUCGCCGCCGCCGCCGCCGCCGCCGCCCGGGGCAAGAGCAAGGCCAAAGCCAAGGCCCCGGCGCAGGCCCCGGCCGAGCCCGGAGAGUCCCUGGCCUACUGGCCCGACCGCUCCGACACCGAGGUGCCCCCCCUGGACUUGGGCUGGACCGACGCGGGAUACUACCGCGGCGUGAGCCGCGUCACCCUCUUCACUCACCCCCCCAAGGAGGAGAACGCGCCGCACCUCAAGCAGGUGGUCAGGCAGAUGAUCCAACAGGCCCAGAAGGUCAUAGCUGUGGUCAUGGACCUCUUCACUGAUGGCGAGAUCUUCCAAGACAUUGUGGAUGCUGCCUCUAAGCGCCGAGUCCCAGUGUACAUCAUCCUGGACGAGGCAGGCGUGAAGUACUUCCUGGAGAUGUGUCAGGACCUGGAGCUCGCUGACUUCCGUAUUCGGAACAUCCGUGUCCGCUCUGUGACAGGUGUUGGCUUCUACAUGCCCAUGGGGAAGAUCAAGGGGACCCUGUCAUCCAAAUUCCUAAUGGUGGAUGGUGAAAAAGUAGCCACUGGAUCCUACAGGUUCAGCUGGAGUUCCUCUCAUGUGGACAGGAACCUUCUCCUCCUCCUCACGGGGCAGAACGUGGAGCCCUUUGACUUGGAGUUCCGGGAGCUGUACGCCAUCUCCGAGGAGGUGGACUUGUACCAGCAGCUGGGCCUGGCGGGAGGCGCUGGCAGGCUCGGCCUCAACUACUCCUCCACCGUGGCCCGCAAGCUCAUCAACCCCAAGUACGCCCUGGUGGCAGGCAGCCGCCACCCGCCCGGGGAGAUGAUGCGCUGGGCCGCCCGGCAGCAGCGGGAAGCCGGCGGCUACCCGGAGGGGCAGGAGGAGGCCAGCAGGAAUGGCGAGUCCGCCCGGCGCCUGGAGAGCUUCCUGCAUGACCUGGUCACGCUGGAGCAGGUGCUGCCCCCUGUGGAGCCCAUUCCCACGGGAGAGCUGACUCGGAAGGAUGGCAGGGUGGUCUCCAACCUGGACCUGAAGCCCAAACCCCGAGAGACACUCGCCCAACACGGCAAGGGAGAAGCCAAUGGGGAGGCCACCCCUGCCAAGGAGGGCAGGCGGUUCAGCAGCAGGUUCUUCAGCCGACGAAUCAAGAGGCCUGCAGCGCCCAACGGCACAGCCAGCGCCCUCCCCCCCGAGACGUUGGCCGAGGUGGAAUUUAUGAGGGGGAAGAGGCCCAACGAGGGCUCCAGUGCUGACGUCUCAGGUAAAACAAGUCCCAGCCCUACCAAGGCCAGCAAUUGCGUGAUUUCCUGAGCCAAGGGCUAGCUGUCGGCAGGACCUGUGGGUGCCCCUGUUCCAUCCUGUGGAGAACACAGGUCAAAGCCCGCACCAGUUUGCACAUCGGACCCCUACUGGCCUUCUGCCCCAGCAGCCUCCAUUCUGGCCUCAGGGACCUUGAAUCCCAGAUGUGAGGGUCUGCAGCAUCCCAAGAUUGUCACAUGCCUCCACAAGACUGUCGUGGCUGGGCAGGGGUCACCCCUUGUUUACAUGAAGUGGAAGCUUGACCAGUGUCCUCUCUCCUUUAUGCCCAGCACCACCCCCUGCUGCAGGCCCCCAGACCGGGAGAGCCCAUGUCUUCAUACCUUAAUGUGAAAUGUGAUGGGUCUCCAGGGCAGCCCCCACCCCUGACUUCCCCUUCCCUGGGCUUCCUGGUGCUGCUGGUCCCCCAAGAGGUUUGGUGGAACAGAAGGAAGAGGACAGGGCUCUGAGCCAGGGUUCCAGUCUCGCUCUGUCCUCUGAACUCAAGGCAGAAGAUGCAGUGAGGACAGCCAGGGGACUGGCUGCUGUGGCCUUCCUGGCCUGUCCCUGCAGGCUUCUGCACUAGACUCUGGAUGGAGUGAGGGGAAGGCCUCGCCGCAGCCAGCGGCAGAAUUUGACCCGGCCGUGGUGAGAGCCCAGUACUGAGGUCUCCUUUCCCUCUCCCAGCACCGUCCUGGCAGGCUCUGCCCCAAGUGAACCAGGCCUUCUUGGCUGCUGCCUGCUGCAAGCCAGUGAUCUGGAGGUUCUUCUAGUGCCUUUACCUGACGUGGCUCCCUACCUCUAGUGCCUUGAUUUGCAGCCCAAAGCAGGGAGAGAGCGCCUGGCUGAUGUCCCAUGGUGUGGGAGGCUGGGCCCUGUCGCCAGAACCGUUUGCCCUUCCCCCACCCCAGAGAUGGCCCUCUGUCCCCUUUGCCAGCCAAGACUCAUGUGCCUUCUCUAGUUACAUUUCAGUCGAAGACCAGCUGUGACCUCCUACCAAAGUCAGACUGUAUUGAGGAGCCUCAGUUUCCUGAAAGGGCCUGGCCUAACUGACACAAAGACAGCCUAACCGUGCACACUGUUCCUUCCCUUGUGUGACAGGAACGGGGGAUGGAUCUGCAGAGAGACUUCUCAAGUGGACAACAGAGAAACCGCCAAACUGCAGGCUCUGUGGCCAGCCCUGCCUCAGGCCAGGUGCUGGCGGAUCAGAGCCGCUGGGGAGCCCAGGGCUGGAGUGCCUGGGGGAGCACCCGGCUCAGCCUCUCUCAGCCUCCUACUCCAGAACCAAACUCUUGGUCCUCCUGUCUUUCCUUCUGCAAAACCCCGGGGCACCAGCAGCACCUUGAGGAGGGGCCCAGGUGUCUGCUGGCACCUGAUAUGGGAGGAGCAAAGGGAGUACUGAGCAUCCUCUGAGAUGAGCCCGGCCUCCCUGGUGGGGGAGAGGGGCAGGGAAAGGAAGGGUGCACCUGUCCUGGGGGGCGAGGGGCCCUGACCCACCUCCCUGAGCUUCUGUGAGGAUUUAACACUUCCUGGGAAGUGCUUCCUUGUGCACCAAGGCCUGGCGAUGUGGCCCUGCUUGUUCUGGUGGGGAGGAGUGGAAAACGAAGUUGGGGGUUACACCUCAGCUCAGUGCUGGGGGAGAGAGGUCACCCUUGGUGAGGAGAGUGGACCUGUGGGGACAAGGGAGGAGGCAGAGGAGGGGACCAGCUCCUCAGCAAUUCUGCCAAGGGCUGCUGAUGCCUCCCCUGUGAGAGAAGCAGGCUACUGAGGCCCUUUUGCGCCUCCUGAUCCAAAGCAGGCCCUGCUCCCCCAUCCCCUGCCCUGAUGGCCGGAGGAUCCAGACUGGAGAUUCCAAGUCACUGCAGCCUUGAGCCAGGCCGUCUUUCCAGCCCCAGGUUCUCCCUGAGCCAAUGUGGGGUUAUUCGCACUCUCUUCAUAGAAACAAAGCAGGUGGGAGAUCCUAUGAAGAGGAGGCUACACAGUGUCGUGGGACAACUGCCGGCCUGGGAGGCAGGGCACCUCCCCCCUCCACCAGGGGCUCUGCUCAUCUGCUCAUACCAGGUGACCUCUGACCCCCUCCAGCUCUAAGAUGCUUAGGAAGAGACAAUAAUCCAAUAAUCUUGGACUGAAGAUCUUGAAGUCCUAAAAUGCAGCUCCUAAUGUUUGCUUGUCUGCCCAAGCUCCAGCCCACUCCGUUCUGCCUCCUGACUUCUCAGUUUUUGGUCCGUGUGCCCUCUGUUCCAGCACUUGCUUGUACUUUGUGAAAUAUUCUCUCUCAUCAAAUCUCAAGGGGACAUCUGGCCUUCCCAGCUGGAUGGCAAGUUCAAGGGUGGAUCAUGCCCUUGGUCCCUCUGCAGCUGCUCCCACCGGGCUGGUAAUGUCAGAAGGGCUCCGGGAGGAACAGGAAUGAAAUAGUGCUCCAGGUGUGAGGCCUGGCUUCGCUUCCCACACCUCACCUGCACCGCCAAGCUGCCCACUUUCCGAGUCCGGCCCUUGUAGGUUGAAGGCCAACAACUGGCAUAGCUCCUUAGGAGGGUGACCUUGGAUGAGCAGAGGCACUUGAGGGCUGAGACCCUGGGGCUGCUGUCCCCCAGACCCUGCCCCACAAGAGCAGGAAGCACCAGACUCCGCGCAGAGCUGGGAGGCUUUCCCUUUAGAUUUGGCAAAAAUGUCCCAGCCUCCUUCAUUAGAGGUCCCUGGGGUGUGGUUAGCCCUAGGCCUGAUCCUUGAGACAGCCUCUGCUAACAGCACCACCCUGUGCCCGUAUGGAGCUGAGCAGAAAGGCUAGAUGGAAAAGGAAGCCUUCAGAUGUGGAAGAAAUUGGCUAGGGGCGGGGGGGGGGGCUUGCUGUGAUGCUUUUCUCUUUCUAACCUACUGAGCGCCUACUGUAUGCCAGUCACCGUGCUGGAUGCUUCAGUCAUCUGCAGGUUUCAAACUAAAAAGCUCAGGAAAAAGCCCUUUAUUUACAGAGUUAACCAAAAGUUUUCCUGUAUAUCUGGAGAUUGAGCCUCACAAAGUCAUGUGAUGAGCAGCUCAGGUCUUACUGCCCCAUUUUUCAGACGAGGGAGUACAUUGUUCUCCCCAAAUCCCACAGCACGUAAAAUGCAGAUCUGAGCCCGCUCCCCCAGCUCAGGGCUUCCUGUCUUCAGCGCCAGUGACACUUUGGACACAAAAUUCCCUGUUGGGGGACAGGCUGUCCUACACGUGGUAGGAUGUUUAGCGGCACCCCGGCCUCUAUCCACUAACUGCCAGCAGCACCCCUUCCGCUGAGACAACCAAAAAUGUCCCCAAAGUUGCCAAAUGUCUCUGGAGGUUAGAAUCUCCCUGGCUGAGAAAGACAGCUCUCUGCUUUAAGCCCUGAAGGCCUACAGGCUGCUUCUCCGAGGUGCUUUCAUGUGCAGACCUCCUGUAAAACAGACCUUUGAUGGAACACUUUGACCCAGAGAGGCUGGCUGGCUCAGCCAAGAUUUUGCUUCCUGUGACGGACACAACAGCGUCUUCCAUCUCAGUUCUAGUUCCCUUGUUGAGCUCCUCCCCGCCUUGCAGUCCCCAGAACAGGUGUGUGCACCUGCACACAGCUGUCUUACCCUACUCGGUGCCCUGCCACCUUUGCUCCCAAUCUGUUCCCCUUCCUUCAUUCUCAGUGACAUCCUGCACAGAGAGCAGCAUGGGACAAACCUGUGCCAGCCCAGCAGUGUCCUCACCUUAAAAGGCAGCCAGGCUGACAGCAGAGAGACUUCCACACUCCACAGUGCAGGUCAGGUGGGGACUGCUACCUAGAGUGUCACAACCAUGUUCUGAGUGAAGCCCCUAAGCAGCUAAUUCGCCCUGCCCUGCACUCUGGAUGUAGCCGAUCACCUGGCCAUGUGCCAGUCAUUCCUCCCUGCCUGGAGGCCCCAGCGGCUGUCACUGGCAUCGUCUGCACGGCUGUUUCAGCAGCUGGAGGUUUGGUGCAGAACAGGCACCCUGGGCCCAGCAAGCUGAGCCAGACCAGGGUUAAGAGGAUGUGCACCCUAGGAAAGGUUGAGAAGCAGCAGGUGCAGAUGUUCUCAGGGAGAGCCAUCACUGAAUCAGCCAGAAGGCUUUGAAAGGUUAGGCAGGUCUGAUCUCACUCCUCCCCUGCGAAGCUUCUGCCCUCCCAGCUACGAGCCAAGGGAGGCCCUGCUGCCCACUACCCGCUCCGGCAGCACCUGCAGCUGCCCUGCACCAGAGGUACCCAUUCUGCGUCUGGGGAACAGACACUGUCUUUCUGCCUCACUGUCGUAUCCACAGUAUCUGCUCCAUAAUGAUUUGUUAAAUGAUUGGACACUUGACAGCCAUUUGAUACAGCGAAUCAGACAGGUUAAUCGAUGUAGGUCAUGUCAGAUGCUCUGGAAUUGAUCGUGACCCUUUCAGUCUUGUUCCUGGCUUCUGAGAUGUGCAAAGGCAGGACAGGAUUCUACUCUCUUCUAUUUAAUGUUUUAAGGACUGCGUUUAUCAAAAGUCCUUCCUAAUCAAAUCCUUUCUUCUGAGAGGGCUUCUUUCACAUGUAUCCUUAGUGGACUGUCUCAUUUCCCAUUUGCCCCAGGCUGGGCAGGCCCAGGUCUCCAGGCCUCUCUGGCUUCUCAGGGAUGACCCUGUCUACAUGCUUCUUUUAAAGCCUAACACAAAAGCAGGGGGCAGGAGAUGGGCCUUGAGGUGAGGAAAUGUAUCCAAAGUCAUCCAACAAGGCAUAGGAAGGGCUAGAACCUGGUUAUCCGGACCCUCCUAGAACACUCAUGGCAUCAGGUAGUCUCUCCAAGUGACAGCCAUAUGGAGACAAGUUUUCAUCAGAAAAGUGGCUAGAAGUUAGGCAUUGUCUGCAGCCACUAAAAAGCAGCUCCAGGAACAGAUGUCCACAUCGCAGGAGACUAGCUAGGACCUGGUACGGAAGCCAGCAAGUGUGCAGGGAGCCUGGAGGAGGAAGGGAGGAAAGCAAGAACAGGCAGCGUGCCCGCAGAAUCCACGGUCCUCAGGGCUCCAGCAAGGAAAAGGCUCACCCACCCUGUGCUAAGAACCAAGAACCGUGCCUGGUGGGUCUCACUUCCUGAGUGCAGCUUGGACUCCCAGGUUAGUCUCCUGGAGGGUCUUGGAAGGUGGGAGAUGGAACAGAGAAAGGCACUUCACUGCAGUACUUGGAAGGCUUUAUUGAUUUGUUUAUUCAAUCAAUAUUUACUGUGCUGUAGGCAUAGUAAUGAACAGUGAGCGAGGAAGGCCCUCACGGAUUUAGGGCAGCGUCGGGGCAUCCUGCUUGCUGCAGUCCGAGCUGAGGCUUAGGGGAGAGAGAGGACAGUCUGCAGAACGAGCAGGCUCAUGAUGAAUUCCCCACUCCGCCUCAUAUUAACUGAGUGACCCAGCAAACUGCUCCACAUCCAGCAAAGUAAAAUGGGGGUAAUCUUGGUACUGCUCUCCAGAAGCCGAAGGGAGUGAGGCCUUCAGCACAGUGGCUGACAUGGAGGAGGGGCCCUGUAACCCGCAGGGCCUCUGGCAGCGUUACACUGGGGUUCAUCACUUCCCUCCUGGGACAUUCUCUCCUGGAUUCUGUCCCCUGCGCCCUCCCUGAAUAAUUACCCCUAUCACAUUGAGUAGCUGGCACUCAGAGCUAAAUGCUCAGCCACCUAGAAGAAGUUUCAAGGCACAGGUUUUGAGGAAAGAGAAAACAAUAACAGGCGGGGAAAAGUUCCCUAUGCUGCUUGGGAGCAGCUCUGCUCAGCAGGGCCCGAGUCCCCUGGUGCGUGCCCACAUCCACCCUCACUCCCGCUCCACCUCAGCUCUGUGGGUUUGCUCCUUGUGACCACAGACGAGGGCCACUGUCUUACCUACUUGUGCAGAAGUCCCACAACUUUUCUUGAUUGAUAGUUCUGGGUAAAACAAUUUUCCUUUGUCUGGAGAUUCCUUCAUAUAUAACACAAAUUAAACCCAAAUCAAUGAAACAGCAUGUCAGAAAAGCCUGCCGACCUGUGCCAAGCCACCGGUCUUCCGGAGCCAGUCCUGAACCCUCCGUGUGGCUCCAGACCCUGCCCGGCUUUCUUCCAGCCUUUCACGCUCACUCGCGGGCCGGGACUUGGGCCGGCGUCUUCCCGGCAGCCCCGGAGGGGCGGUGAGUCCUCCAGCAGCGCGCGGGGCUGAGAGCACGGCGGGGAGAGGCUGCCACCUUGCGGCCGCUCGCAGCGCCUCUCUUUCCUCCUCAGGGUAAGCGUGAGAAGGCAGAGGCCAGGGGUCGGCAAACUUUCACAAAUGGCCAGAUCAUAAGUAUUCUAGGCUUUGGGGACAUGCGGUGUCUGUCGCGACCGCUGCUGCUGCAGCACUACAGCAAUCUACAGGCAGUAUGUGAGCGAGUGGGCGUGGCUGUUCCAAUGAAACUUUAUGGACACUGAAAUUUGAAUUUCAUAUCAUUUUCCUAUGUCACAAAAUGUUACCUUUUAAUUUUCCCACCUAUUAAAAAGUGUAAAAAUUAUUUUUA